GUCGUGUCAAAUAAUAUUUACUCGAAUAUUCCGUAUUUUUCGAAUUUUCCAAAAUGAAUGAACUUAAAAUGGCUCAAAGCAAAUCCUGGUUGGAGACUGUCCUAACAGAAGCAUCAUCCGGUGAUUCCCAGCCGAAUAUAGCAGAAGAAUACUGUCACCUCAUAGAAAACCCGAAUUACUGCAACAUAAUGAAGUCCGUUUUGAAGUUAACAAGCCAAAAUGAUGCCAAAGAUACAGAGAAGCCGGAAGGUUUGGAAGAUCCAGAGAGGAGCAAACUCACCAACAGGGAAUACCUUGAAGAUACAAUUUUACCGAUUUUGAUGUGUGGUUUGACUCACAUUUGCAAUGUCAGACCUCCAGAUCCUAUUUACGGUCUAGCUGCUUACAUUGUGAAAAAUAAGGAGGUUUAUCAGGAGGCUGGGAAGACAUAUUACACGCCGAGGAAUGUUGUUACACAUGUGCCUUCUGAAAUGUAAUGUUUUUACAGUUUUUUAAUAAACCAUGCGUUUU